AUGCAUCUUAUAUUCCGUCUACUUAUAGUGUCAACCUAUUUUACAUAUGGAGAAUGUCUCAAAUGUUACAGUUGUGAUGGUCCUACGGACUGCGCUCAUCCACGACAACAAUUAUGUCCCCAAAAUAAUGAAUGUUUCACGGUUGCACAAAAUUACGAUACAAAACUAAACGGUUUACGAAAAGGUUGUGCGCCCACAUGCGAUCGAGUAAAUAUUGAAGGAAUGUUGUGCAGAACUUGUAAAUUCGAAUUAUGUAACGGAGAAACAGGCUUAGGUAAAGCAUUCGAAAAACCUGCUAUUUUACCACCUCAGAGACCUUUCGGUAUGUGUUUCUGA